AUGAGAGUGAAACGAGCAAGCGCUACUACAGCCUACUACGCCAACUCAACCUCUACCUUUAGACCUGUUAUACAACUGCUACAUGAUGUGGAACUUAACCCUGGACCUGCAAACUGCUCUAGUGGAGACAAGUCAGAAAAGUCAAAUGGCAAUGUUAAAAUCGCACAUCUUAAUGUUCGCUCGCUCAAAUGUCGUGAGCAUUUCGUUCUUGUAAAGAAUGCGGUACUGGAAAAUAAGUUUGAUAUAUUUACCGUAUCCGAAACAUGGCUCAACAGUUCAGUUACGGAUUUGGAGAUAGAAAUCCCUGGCUAUGUUAUCUACCGAAUCGACCGACAGGCGAGGGUUGGCGGUGGAGUAUGUGCUUAUGUCUCACGAAAUUACAGGACGGAGUACUUGAGUGACAUUUCUCUUAUCACGGCCUCUGGCUUCCAUCAACUGUGGCUAAAAAUCCACGUCAGAAACAUGAAGUCCUUCCUUGUCUGUACAACCUAUAGACCACCGGACACUUCUUUAUCUUGUUUCGAUUCAGAUCUUACAGAGAACUUUAUUUAUGCCUCGUCGUUUAAUGUUCCAAUUUAUCUAUUAGGUGAUUUGAACUGCAGACUUGAGAAUAGCGACGAUCCUGGAGCUAAAGCCCUUGUUAACUUUUUUGCCGUUCCUAUAACUUGUCAAUAUUGAUCAACACACCAACACGAGUUACAGAGACUUCGAAAUCAAUUUUAGAUGUUAUCCUUGCAUCGGAUACAAGACAAGUCCAAACGGCUACAGUUAUGGAAAGCUCGAUCAGCGACCAUGAGCUAAUUUAUGUCACCUUAAGAUUGAAGAAGGCGCGCUCCAAACCCAUUUAUAUUACUACCAGAAGUUUUAAACACUACAGUCCUAUUGAUUUCAGCAACGACGUAUCAUUGGCACCGUGGUCCAUAGUCGAUGUUUUCGACGAUGUCGAGGAUAAAAUUUAUGCAUUUGAUUCGCUGUUUACUGAGAUACUCGACCGUCAUGCUCCAGUUAAAACCUUUAAAGCACGCUGUAAGCCAAACCCAUGCGUAACCGACAACAUCCGCGGAUUGAUGAAGACCAGGGAUGAUUGGCGUAAAAAAAGCAAAGAAAACAAAUGA